CAUACUCUCGCUUUUUAGUCCGCCAACAACGACGCGCAAGCACAAUCUCCGCUCACGACGUCCAAUGCAAGCUCGACUUUACCCGAGCCUGCCCCCACAAAUCAAUCAAAUGCCGGAUCGCUGAGUCCACAGCCCCUCCAUCUACACCCUCCCGCCGUUCGGCGUCAGUCCCAGAGACAUGGCCGCCAUGGAGCGGCGACGCAAACGCGAUUUGAGGGAGCUCAAUACUCGAGCGUGGAACGGUGAACAAGAUGUCUUCCCGGUCCAGUCGUCGCUAGACUCGAGCAUGAAGAAGAACACAGGACUGAUCAAACGACUUCGCACCGCCAUCACGCCCGCAAAUGUUGCCACUUUUCUGCAAGAGAUUCGCUCCCUUUCGCUACACAAAUACUUGACCGAAAUCAUAUCUGCUUGCUUUGAGGGUUUGACGAAACUCAAGCUUGCUGGAGACAUCAGCGCUGCGGUCGAGAUUAUCAGCGCACUUCAUCAACGCUUUGGUCCGGAGGAGUUCACAAAUUAUCUGGGCUGGUAUAUCGGUCGUGGCCUCGCUACGCCGGAUAAAGCUCAGCUCAAGGCUCUGCCUGCCGACGUCCGCGAACGGGAGGAAAAAGACCGCAUAUCUCGCCAGAGGAUUCUUUUGAGAGUGGCCACGGAGCUCUGGCUGGUCGGCGUGUUGAAGAGCUUGGAAGACAUAUCAAAGCCGGAGGAUGCCAGCAAGGGACGGGACGUUCCCAAAGGGUCAGAUGCAGCUGCAAAGAGCAAGGCAAGCGCAGCUCGGUCAAACACCGCGGAUCCAGAGCCAUUUCCCUUGGAGGUGUUGAAGGAUAUGCUGGGCCAAGAUCGCGAGCACGUCAAUCUGCCUCUGGUGGUGCUGUUCGUGAAGACAUUCGCGUGGGAUAUCCUUGGCUCGAAGCCCAACAAGUCGGAAACACGCCAGUCAGUCACCGAGAAUGGCGCUCCUACAUCCAACGGUCACGCCGAGUCUGCGACCACAACUGAGAACGAUGAUGGAGCAUCUCCCGAUCCCCCAUUGACGCCGCCAGCCAUGCAAGAGCGUUUCAAGAACAUCCUACUGCGCUACUUUGAGGAUGUCAAGGCACACAUUGUCCGCGACCAGGACCGCUUGUCGGCCCAAGGCAGACGCAAUGCCGAAGCAUAUGUCAAGUCUGGAGAAGUUUUCGAGGACCGACAAAACAAUCACGAGAAAGCACUCAAGUCGCAGGAGAAAUUGGUGACUAGUGCGCAGACUUUAGCUGAGGUGCUCGGAGCUGAGAUGCCCGACCUCUCCGAGAAAGAUGCCAACUCGGCUGGCUUGGAGAGCAGCAUAGGACUUGUCAGGACAGGCGACUAUCUUCGGGGUCAAGCUGAGGGAGCGGGCAUUUGGGAAGACGAGGACGAGCGACGUUUUUACGAAAACAUAGUCGAUCUGAAAGACCGCGUGCCCGGAAUUCUCCUCGAGGAUGGCAAGAAGAAGAAGACUGAUUCUGAGGAGCAAGUAGGCUCCAAGAUUGAUGGAUCCGUGGAAUCGAAGGAGAAGGCUGUCGAGAACGACGACGGGUCGACUGCGAUCGCGAACAAGACGGUCGGAGCACAGGUCGAUGCUCUGCUCGCCAGACUCCACGAACUCACCACAAAGGAUCAAGUCGAUCAAUUCGCCAUUGAUUUCUGCUUCCUCAACUCGAAGGCUUCUCGAAAUCGGCUGAUCAAGUCGAUUGAAGAAAUUCCCAAAGGCAGGUCGGAUCUCCUGCCACUUUAUGCUCGCUUGGUCGCCACUCUCGGCCGCCAUUUGCAGGAUAUCCCGCAAGCCAUGAUUUCAUACCUCGACGAUGAAUUCCGCAGUCUGCAGCGCCGCAAAUCCAAGGAGUUCCUGGGCCAAGUGCGAAUGGUGAACAUGCGGUAUAUCGCGGAGCUGACCAAGUUCGGUGUUGUGCCGGAGCAUGUCAUUUUCCACUGCCUCAAGGUCUGUCUGGAUGACUUCUCGCGCAUGAAUAUCGAGAUCAUCGCCAAUCUGUUGGAGAACUGUGGCCGAUAUCUGCUUCGCAAUCCCGAGACCUCCCCACGCAUGGUGUCGUUCCUCGAAACUCUGCAACGCAAAAAAGGAGCUCAGCAUCUUGGACAGCAGGAACGCAUGCUCAUCGAAAACGCAAUGUACUAUGUCAACCCACCCGAGCGGGCCGCGAUCCAACAAAAGGAGCGCACCACUCUCGACCUCUUCGUACGAAAGCUUGUCUAUGUCGACUUGAGCAAGAAAUCGCUGGAUAAGAUCAUCAAGCAGGUUCGCAAGCUGCACUGGGAGGAGGCAGAGGUUGUGGAUAUGCUGCGGAAGAUCUUCGUCAAGCCCGGGAAGAUCCGAUUCGGCAACAUUUACUUGCUGGCGAUGAUGCUCGCGGCGUUGUAUCGCUUUCACACGGACUUUGCAAUUACUGUUCUGGACGAGUUGCAGGAGCGCGUCACGGUCGGUCUCGAGAUCAACGACUUCAAAUACAACCAGCGCCGCAUCGCGGAGGCCAAGUAUCUCGGCGAGCUGUACAUGUAUCGAGUGGUGGACUCCUCUCUCAUUUUCGACACCCUAUGGAAGAUUCUCAACUAUGGUCACAAAGGCGGAUAUGCGCAGCCUGGUGAAGUCUGCGCAAUGGAUCUUCCCGAUGACUACUUUCGCAUUCGUCUGGCAUGUGCGCUCCUGGAGACCUGUGGCCACUGCUUCGAGAAGGGUGCCGCAAAGAAGAAGCUCGACUUUUACCUCAGCUUCCUUCAGCUGUACAUCAACGUCAAAGAUCCGCUGCCAAUGGACAUGGAGUUCGUCGUUCAGGAUGCAUAUAGCCUGCUUCGCCCGCAGUGGAAGCUGGUGCUGAAUGAUCUGAACGAGGCGAGCAAUAUUUUCGCCGAGGCAUGCAAGCAGAACUAUCGCGAUGUAGCAUCCGGAAAGAACGCCGAGCCGGAGGAGCCAGAAGAGGAGUUUGAGGCCGGAGGAGAUCUAUCUGACGAUGCACAGGGUGAUGGCGAGGAUGCCGCCGCGGUCGAUGGCGAUGCGGCCAACGGCAAAUCUGACAGCGAUGAGGCCGCGCAAGGUGAUGAUGACAUGCAAGCUGACGACUCUGACGAAGAAGAACGAAUUGUCGUGACACGCCCAGAAGAUCAACGGGACCCCGAGGCUGAUGCAGAAUUUGAUCGCGAGCUCGCCAAGAUGAUGGCGGAGAGCGUGGAGUCCCGCAAGUUUGACCGCAAGACGCUGUUCGAUGUACCAUUGCCCAUGCGUCGGACUGCGCGAGAGGCUCCCGCCGCCGCGAUUCAAGAAAGCCCCGAGGCUGCUCCGGUGCCAAAGCCUGCCGCUGGUACGAUGAAGUUUGCCCUUCUGAGUAAGAAAGGAAAUCGUCAGCAGACACGAUCGAUCGACCUUCCGUCCGACUCGAACUUUGCCAUCGCCAUGCGAUCCCAGCAACAAGCUGAGAAGGCUGAACAACAACGGAUCAAGAAUCUGGUCUUGAACUACGACUUGACCGAUGACCAGCAAGAUGGCGCCUUCGACACCUUGCACGGUGCACCACGAUAUGACAAGUCGGGUAAUACUCGUAGCAAACAGCGAGCGAGAAAACUUCAGUUGGGAGACAUCGAUUGGACAUGAUCAUGAGUGUUUGGAGGGUUUUCAUAAUCUUCCAGUGCUACAGUCAUCUUGGCCAUGUGCCGCAUACCGCAUGAUGAGGACUAGGUUCCAUACACCUGCGAGGGGAUCAAGCCAUGCGCCGACCGCAUCCGAAGGUCCAGAUCGAACAAGACCAUGCAGAGCAGAAGACGUAUGGUGCUCAAGCUGGUAUUCCAGCUCGAGUCCUGCACUGACGCCUCGAUGAAAUAUGGGGACCCGGUUGUGUCAAGCUGCGUUGAGGAUCGUGGAGGCGGGGGGAGGGCCGCAUGCCACAUGGCUGCGCCGCCUGGUGAGAUUGAGAGAAGUUACAUUAACUGCAGUCACUCUUUAGACACGUUCCUUUGAGUCAUGAAGGAGGUCAGACGAGGGACGAAUAUUCAUGUCGUCCCAGGCGCAGGUUUCAGAUGCCCAGCUAUCUAACGCAUACGCUUCCAG